AUGGCAAAUCAACGUGGAAUGAAGCUGCCUCAGCCUGUUUUUGAGAAUCUUGAGGUCAAUGCAAUGGAACAACGUUUUUCUGAAUUUUCGAAGGCAAAAAUUCAAUUUGUUCUUUACAUUGAUGAACGUUUUGUUAAAUCCCAUGCAAAACUCAAAUUUUGUGAACGUCGUUAUACUGUACUUACUCAACAUGUUAAUAUUGAGAUGGUUAGCAGGGCUGGGCCAGCUUCUGUCGGCAAUGUUCUUGCGAAAAUGAAUAUGAAGCUGUUUGGAUUGAACUAUAUGCCUAUUUUUGAUCCUGUGACUAAAAAUAAGCUUGACCUUUCUUCUGGUCAGGUUCUGGUUCUUGGUAUUGAUACUUCUCGUCCACCGAAGGCUACUGCAUUUGAGAAAUUUAAAUUAAGCAAGCAAGGAAUGGAAGGAUUUACUUCGGAAGAUCCUCUCACUAUUGGGUAUUGCGGCAACUAUUUGCCAAAUCCUGCUAAAUUUGUUGGUGACUACAUUUAUCAGCCCUGCAAACAGGACGUUCUUGAUGUUGAUUAUUUUGGAAAAAGAAUUAAGUCUAUUGUUGGUUCUCUCAAAUCGAACCGGAAGCAACUUCCCUCGACAAUUUUUAUUAUUCGCGAUGGUAUUAGUGAAGGGAUGGUUCCUAAUGCCGUUAAUGGAGAAUUCGCGCGAAUUAUUGAGACAUUUAAGAGCGUCGAGCAAGGGUGGACUCCAAAAUUUGUUUUCGUUAUUGUUGAUAAGCGCCAUACAAAGCGCUUUUUCUUCAACAAUGGCCCUAUUCGUAAUUGUAAACCAGGCUCGGUCAUCGACAAGAAGUGUGUCCGUGUCGACCUUCAUGAGGUACUGCAAAAAUUCCUCAAUACAUGAUC